CUGUACACUAAUGUCACCAUGUUGAGUGUGUAUGGGUGUACUUGCAAAGUUGAACUAUAGUGUAGUGUGUGAGUGAUCUUUUUACCCUGAAUACAAUGUUUUUUAUAGAUAUUAUUGUAUUUUCUUUUUUUCUUUUUUUUUACCCAUCAGGAUUUUUGUACACGAGGAAGACCCUCCAGUGGUGUAGUGGUUAACACAUAUGCUUGGGAAGUCAAAGGGCACUUGUUCAGUUCCAGCUGGAGACAUACAUCCCUUUAGGGCUUGUAUCUAGCAUCUAACUCUGACAAAGUAUGCAGAGCCACCUGCUGUGGUGACCCCUUGUGGCAAAAGUAACAGAUUUUCCCUCUUGGGUUUUUCCACAUGGAGACUACCUGACAUGCUGCUGAAACCAUGAUGGAGGGAGGAGGUUAUAGGCCAGUGGGCCCUUCCAGCCCCUUUUCUCGAUGCAUGUUAUAUAGCAGUUUGAUGAGUGAGAGUGCCGCCAGCCUCCUCCCAUCACCACAAUGGUCGACAUGGAGACCCAUUACCAUCCCCCCUCUCCCCUGGAGGACUCGGUGCUGGGCAGUCCCCUGUGUGCUGAUGACGAUUUCAUGGGUAGCAUGGAGCAGCUCCAGGACAUCUCCCAAUCCAUCAGCGACGACGCUCUUAGCUCAUUUGGUGUCCCAAAAUACCAAUCCUCCAGCAACGGCUCUGAUGGGUCCACCGUCCUCGAUGCGCUUACGCCAGCAUCCAGCCCAUCAUCGGUUGUUUACGGCGUGGUGGCUGGCCAGGAGGAAUUGUCAUCUUCAUCCACAUCACUGAACCUGGAGUGCCGAGUGUGUUCUGACCGCGCCUCGGGCUACCACUACGGAGUCCAUGCCUGCGAGGGCUGCAAGGGUUUUUUUCGCCGGACCAUCCGUCUGAAGCUGGAGUAUGACAAGUGUGAACGUCGCUGCAAAAUCCAAAAAAAGAACCGCAACAAGUGCCAAUACUGCCGCUUCCAGAAGUGCCUGUCAGUGGGAAUGUCCCACAAUGCCAUCCGGUUUGGUCGGAUGCCCCAGUCAGAGAAGCUCAAACUAAAGGCGGAGAUGGUGACGGUGGACAAAGAGGUGGAAAACCCCCAGCUAGCUGACCAGAAGACCCUGGCCAAGCACAUUUAUGAGGCUUACCUGAAGAACUUCAACAUGAACAAGGCCAAGGCUCGAUCCAUUCUCAUGGGCAAGACCAACACUGCUCCUUUUGUCAUUCACGACAUGGAGACCCUCCAGCUGGCAGAGCAGACACUGGUGGCCAAGAUGGUCGGCUCCGUGGGAGCGAUGAAGGACAAGGAGGUGGAGGUUCGGAUUUUCCACUGCUGCCAGUGCACGUCGGUGGAAACCGUCACGGAGCUCACAGAGUUUGCAAAGUCCGUCCCCGGGUUCUCGAGCUUGGACCUCAACGAUCAGGUGACUCUUUUGAAAUACGGAGUGUACGAAGCCAUUUUCGCCAUGCUCGCCUCCAGUAUGAACAAGGACGGGCUUCUUGUAGCGUACGGCUCAGGCUUCAUCACCCGGGAAUUCCUCAAGAGCCUGCGUCGACCGUUCAGCGACAUGAUGGAGCCAAAGUUCCAGUUUGCCAUGAAGUUUAAUGCGCUGGAGUUGGACGACAGUGAUCUGGCUCUCUUUGUGGCUGCCAUCAUCUGCUGUGGCGACCGGCCAGGCCUGGUGAAUGUGGCACACAUCGAGGUGAUGCAGGAGAGCAUCGUCCAGGUCCUGCAGCUCCAUCUGCUGGCCAAUCACCCCGAUGACACUUUCCUCUUCCCCAAGCUGCUGCAGAAACUAGCUGACCUGAGGCAGUUAGUCACUGAGCACGCACAGCUUGUGCAGGAGAUCAAAAAGACAGAGGACACCUCACUGCAUCCGCUCCUGCAGGAGAUCUACAGAGACAUGUACUGAAGACUUUGGAGGUAUAACCACAGUAGGAAAACAAGAAACCAUCUCCUUCUGAGCGGGGACUUGAAAAGAAGAGGAGACGUCCACAUACUGGGUUUGAACCACUUAACCUCUGACCCUAAAGGGUUAGCUUUGGUGUCUGUCCAGUGUAAGGGAACCUAAAGGUGAAGAAAAAGGAGGCUGAUGAUUCAUUUGAUUUGACAAAGUGCUUUCCACUUCAUUGUGUGUGAACCUUAUCAGGCAGAAGAAUCAUGUAUGCUAAGAUACUUUGUACAGCUGAUUGAGCCCCUGUCCAGACACCACUGAAUGCAAUCUCUGACCAAACUCUAAAUGUUCUUUUUUCCAUAUUUUUUUUAAAACGUCUGUAAGGUCGCCUCCUUGGUGAAACCCUGAGGUAACCCUAAUUUGAAGAACAAAAGUGAACUUUAUAAUUGCCACUCCAGCCGGAUGUUUUACAGCAACGAGCCAUAUGCCCGAAUAACUUAAUAACAGCAGCAAUUAUGCAGUUUAAAUCAAGGCAGCUUCUCCUCAAUUGGCUACCAAAAUGUGGCCGGUUGAGGAGCCAGUGGUUAUGAGCACACCAGCCCGCCACCGUGAUUCUCAAGCUUUUCUGUGGAGUCACGUCCUGAACAUAACCAUUUUAUCUGUACGUCAUGUCCCCGAAGUCAUACUUCUUAAUGACACAGUAGAAAUUGCCAUCAUCAUUAUUAUUAUUUUCUUUUAUUUUAAUAUUCUUAACAAGAAAUACGACUUAGUGCUUAAGUUGUCCACAAACUGUACUGGGAAUGCUAUUUUUUUUUUUUUAAAUUAGGUAGCAGUGCCCAAAGUUCAGACUCACUGUGUACAUGCACCACAAUGCACUGAAGCACAAGCAUGCCUGUGAUAUGUUAAUGUGACACUUUUCUAAUGGAGGUUUCAAAGGACAAAAAAGACAUACACAGGUGUUUAGCACUCCCUCCUGAUGUGUGUUCUGGUAUUAAAGGGCUAACACUGUUAUUAACCACAAUACAACUCUGACACGGGCGACACAUGAAUUCACUCAGCGAAUCUCUCUCUCUGUUAUUGUGUUUAACUGUCUGUUUGGUCCUCAUAACACACGUGUUAGUUAAGAUUUAACAAUCUUAUGUGCACAUUUUUCCCUGAUGAAAAUGUAAUUGUUUUUAUUUUUCCCAGCUAAGAGAAAACCACAGUGAUGAGGCCUCAUUGGUGAAACAUCUAGUUUGUUAGUUGAAAGGUUGUCACACUUUCAUUUGUUUAGUUUUCUCUGUGAAAUCACUUGGCCAGUUAUAGAAGACAGUCAAUCUGGACGUAUGCAGGUAAAAGAAAAAUGAGUCUGUAGCCCUUUUCCUACUCAGUUAUUCUCUGGCUUUGGUGUUUUUUGCUAUCUAACAAAAUAGGCACAUUUCCAUGUGAAAGUGCCGCUCCUGCAUUUUGUUGUCACACUGCCUUUAAUAUAAAAUACAUACGGUGGACAUCAGAGGACCUAUGUUAAGGGAAUGCUGAAAACAUGCAUAGUUUUCUGAUAGUUCGGAUCAUACACAUCUGACUCUCUGUGAGAGGGCGCUACUCCUUUUCUGCCUCAUCACUCACACUGUCCUGAAAUGAUCAUUGAAUUCAGAGAAAUGUUCCUUAUGUUUGUAACACAUCGCAACAUCAGAGCAGGCUUUACAUAACUGAAGCUUUCACACUGACUGCUCACCCCAGCUUUUAACUCUCGUGGUAAACAAGGUACUAAUGAUGAUUGACUUUUGUAUUCGUAAGUUGGGUGAAUACUUUCAGAUGUUUGAACAUUUACAGUAAAUGUAGUUAUGUACUGUUUUUUUUGUUUUUUUGUUUUUUUUUGGUCUAAAUGCGUCAUGCUUGUCUUUGAAUCGAAUCGUAUUUUUAUACUGAAGUAUGACUAAUAUAUAUAUAUAUAUAUAUAUAUAUAUAUAUAUAUAUA